AUGCGCGGGGGGCAGCGACACCUGAGCGAGUUCCCACAGAACCUAUGCGGAGCUGUCCAUAAGGCCACUACUGAGCUGCACCUAGAGCUGAUGGUUGGACACUGCCUAUACUGUCGCACGUUGCAGAUGUCCUUCUCGCACACCCCUAACAGCUGUCCAAAGUACCUUGAGUAUAUCAAGGCUAAGGACAAUGCAAAGAUGACUAGGAAACACGGGGUCUGCCAUCGUGCAGAUCCCAAGCAUGAGGAUAGUGAGUGCCAAUUCCCUGCCAUGGUCAUGCCUCUGCAUUAUGGCGCCUUUGCUCGACCUGGUGCAGCGGGCUGGGUCAAGCGACAUUUCCAGCGAGGCUUCAAAGACGUCCCACAGUACAUGGCAUGGCUGGGAGAGGUCGCAUCGCUUGAGGGCAACAAGUGUAUACAGGCAAACUGUGUUGCAGCACUACCACUUAUGCCAAUCCACGCCGCCGCCGCGGUGUGGAUUUACGCGAUUGCGGUUGGCUGA